GGUUCAAUGAAAUUGAUAACGCGUAAUUUUUUGAGCGUGUAGAAUAAACCUCCUGAAACGAUCGUUCCCGCUGAUAUACAGUAUUCUACGGAUCGAAAGAUCCGUUUUAUGCUGAUUCCUUUAUAAUUAACACAUUCGGAGGUAUUCAUUAUUGCAUUUUCUGAAAGUUGAAAAAUGGUUCGCGCAUGGUAUAUGAAUGAUACCGAUGAGGAUCAACGACUCGAACACCAAAAGGAACCCCCAGAGUUUGUGUCACUGACAGAAUUGUUUAAAUUAACUGGUGUCGAGCAGUUUAAGAUCGACCAUGCGAACCAUUCAAAAGAUGAACUUUUAAAUGAAUUAAAAAAAGAUCGGGGAUACACCUACGAGGAUCAGAUAACGUGUUCUAAAGACUGUUUGGAAAAUUAUGAGGAAAAGUUAAAAAACUUCUUUGCGGAACACCUUCAUACCGACGAAGAAAUUCGUUUUGUACUCGAUGGAUCAGGAUAUUUUGAUGUGAGAGACAAAAAUGACAAAUGGAUUCGUAUUGAAGUUGUUCCUGGAGAUUUGAUUAUUAUUCCUAGCGGCAUAUAUCAUCGAUUCACCCUGGAUACAAAUAAUUACAUAAAAGCAAAACGUUACUUUGUUGGAGAACCUAUAUGGGUUCCAUACAACAGACCAGCGGAUGAAAUGGAUUGUCGUCAAGAAUACCUUAAGAAACUAAAGAAAGGUUUUGAAGUUCAAGUUAGAUAAUAUUGGUAACUUUGACCAAUGUUCACUAUUUUUGUAUGUUUUAUGCGUUAGUUGCAAUUAAAUGGAAAUUGGGUAGCUGGUUGUAGUUAACUUCAUCACCUGAAACGUUAGGCCUUAACUAUAUAAUGAUGUAAAUAAAUACAAGUAAUGAAAUGA